AUGCAGCGUCGACCAACCUACUCAUUUUUAUCCAAGACGUGCAAGUCGUAUGUUGCACCGCUCCUGAGAGGAAAGUAUGCAGACUACACUAUCAAGAAAGCCGACAAUAUCCGCCAAGAAGACGGGCAUAACUGUGGAGUCCUCGUCAUUCACUACAUGGAAAGCUACAUUAGCACCCGCGUCGUGAGGAAUCCAAACGCAGUUUUGGUUCAGAGUAUUCGACUAGCAUACUUUGUCCAAGGUCUUCGUCGACUCUACCCCCACAAAGAUCUUCGCUUGUUGGCUAGUGGGCAGCGGUGA